UCUCUCUUUUUCUCUCAAAUUCACAUCAUCGUGAGUGCUUGAGCCACAGAUCCGUUUCUCCUCUUUACUUUUCGUCUCUCGAAUCUUGUCUUCACACUCAGUUCUUCGGAAGAUCAGACAUAGUCGCUAAGCCACGUUGUCUUCUUAUCGCUUUCUCACCAUCCCAAGUCGUGGUUCUUCUUCGUUCUUGGUGUGAAUCGAAACCAUAGUCUCUUCUAUCCGUAACGAUGAACGAUCUUCUUAAGGGUUCGUUUGAGCUUCCCAGAGGUCAAUCUUCUAGAGAAGGGGAUGCUGAACUAGGAGAACAACAAGGUGGAGAUCAAGGUUUAGAAGAUUUCUUCAAAAAGGUUCAAGAUAUUGACAAACAGUAUGAUAAGCUAGAUAAGCUUCUAAAGAAACUUCAGGCUGCCCAUGAAGAGUCAAAGGCUGUGACCAAGGCUCCUGCCAUGAAGGCAAUAAAGAAGAAGAUGGAAAAGGACGUUGAUGAAGUUGGAAGUAUUGCCCGUUUCAUAAAAGGGAAACUCGAGGAGUUGGACAGAGAGAACUUGGCAAAUAGACAAAAACCUGGAUGUGGGAAAGGAUCUGGUGUGGAUCGAUCAAGAACAGCAACUACACUUUCCUUAACGAAGAAGUUGAAAGACAAGAUGGCUGAGUUUCAGGUUCUACGAGCGAAUAUUCAACAAGAGUAUCGUGAUGUUGUCGAUAGGCGUAUCUAUACAGUAACUGGGGAGCGGGCAGAUGAAGAUACUAUUGAUGAAAUGAUUGAAACUGGAAACAGCGAACAGAUCUUCCAGAAAGCGAUUCAGGAGCAAGGAAGAGGACAGGUAAUGGACACCUUGGCGGAAAUCCAAGAACGUCAUGAUGCUGUCAGAGACUUGGAAAAGAAACUUCUUGACUUACAACAAAUUUUCUUGGAUAUGGCGGUUUUGGUUGAUGCACAAGGAGAAAUGCUUGACAACAUAGAGUCUCAGGUGUCAAGUGCAGUAGAUCACGUGCAAUCAGGAAACACGGCUCUCCAAAGAGCAAAGAGCUUACAGAAGAACUCAAGGAAGUGGAUGUGUAUUGCUAUUAUCAUCCUCCUUAUUGUGGUUGCAGUGAUCGUUGUUGGUGUUCUCAAGCCUUGGAAAAAUAAGAGUGCUUGAGGAAAUCCAGAGAAUGUACAAAGAAAAAAAGCAAAUUAUAUCAAUCCUUUUCACGGCUUCGAGUGAGAGAGUGUUUUGUUUAUGAUGUGUGUUAUUUUUUUACCAGGAAACAAAAAAACAACAAAAUUCUAUAUUCUUUUAACUGGGAUCAAACAAACCAAUUUUCUCUUUUCAUUGUGCAAUUUCACGUGGAUUAAAGGAAGUCCAUAAUUGAUUA